AUGGCUCGUGGCGCAAAGCGCACCCUGGACGAGGCCGCCAACAAGUCCGACUCCGACGACGAGGAUUACAGCGACCACGCUCGCUAUUCGCGUUCUACCGGUCGGAAGUCGAAGGCCAGCCCCAAGAAAAAGUCGCGGCCGGCCCCAAGAAAGAGACGACGCAGCUCAGACGACGGUCUCACCUCGGACGACGAAGAUCUCUCUGAGGAUUUCGACUUCGAUGAGGUGGAAGAAGAAUCGGAGGAGGAAGUUGAACGCAAUGUUAGAGGAACGGCGCGUCGACGGACCACCCAAAGCCGUCGCCCACACUACGGGGAACCAGAAUCGGACGAAGAGCUGAUCGACAAUGAUGGUGAGGAUGAGACUCAAGACUCUACUCCACAAAAGAGCACUGUCAUCAAGUUGAAGCUCCCACCCAAUUACUUGGCUUUCUCUAAACGUGUAACCCGGCGUACCCGUGACGCUUCAGAGGAUAUCUACGCCCUUACCAACUCUGGUCGUCAUAUACACACCGUUGAGCGAGGUACACACACUCCAGAAGCCGAAUUUCCAACCCCGUCUCGCCGUAUUGCCCGAGUCGAUCGCAUGGCCAAGCGCACAAUCAUUGACGAAGAGGAUGAAGACGCUGAAGGCACUGAAGAGCACGAGGAUGCCGAGGAGGUCAUCAACGAAACAACCAUUCAGGGCUCGCAAAUCGAGGUAGUGGAAAGUGACAUGCCUCACGGCGGCGCUGAGGGUGAUGCAUUGCUAAUGAACGAUGGAGUCCACCAUUCAAUUGACGAAGAAAUGCCGGAUGAAGACGUCGUCCCUGAAUCGGAAAAUGGUGAUACAAAGAAUGAUCCUUCCGAGCACACCGAAGAGCUCCCAACAACUCGGCGACGAGGAAGGCUUUCACAUGAUCAAAGCCCCGGGGAGACUGCCACGCAAGACGCGGAGACGAACGAAGAAGCACAGCUACGUCGAUCCAGUCGUAAGCAGCCAUCCCGAAGCUCACAGCGCAAAAACAAAAAUGAAGAAAGUGAUUUUGAGCCAGAGGAGGAGCCCUCGAAUGAUGAGGAGGACGACUCUGACUCCGAAUCGCAUGCCUUUCCCCGCAAAGAUAUUCAAUCUCGCGAGGAAGCCGAGGAUAGCUCUGCUAGUCGGCGCCCUGGCCUACGCCAACGGCCUUCUCGAACCAGGGCGCCCUCAGAGGAAGCAGAAGAACUUGCCGAAGAACUAGAAGAUCUUACUGGCCGUGCCCGUCGCCGUACGAAGCAAACAGUCGUGUACGAGAAACCGCGUCGCAACCGAAAGAAUGUUGAUUACCGCAUCAUUCGGCCUGAAAUGCUUCAACCCAAUGAAGACACCGAUAACGAAGUGACUGGCUCUCCAUCCCGCCGUGGUCGUGGAGGUGGAGGCUGGCAGCGAACUUUGUUCUCGACAUUAGGCCCAUUUGGCGGUGGUGGUAAUUCAGCAAUUCUCGGCGUUCCUGGUGGCCCUACUGCGGUCGGCGGAGCUGAGAGCGAUAGCAGUGACGAUGAAGGCGCCCAGCAGCCAAAUCGCACUGGUCUCGCCCCUGGUGUUGGAGUUGCAGCCACUCACAACCAGUCGGCUGACCCUGCUCAGAACUCAUCUGGCACGCCUGCAAACCUCGGCAAGUUCAAUAACAAACAGGCUCUGGCUGACGCGGAUCCCCUGGGGGUUGACAUGAAUGUCAACUUUGAUCAUGUUGGCGGUUUGCAAGGGCACAUCGACCAAUUAAAAGAGAUGGUUUCUUUGCCUCUCUUGUACCCAGAAAUCUUCCAGCGUUUCAAAAUUACUCCUCCUCGUGGUGUUUUAUUCCAUGGUCCUCCUGGUACCGGAAAGACGCUCAUGGCUCGCGCUCUUGCCAACAGCGUCAGCUCAGAGGGGCGCAAAGUCACAUUCUACAUGAGAAAGGGCGCGGAUGCAUUGAGUAAAUGGGUCGGUGAAGCUGAACGACAACUUCGGCUUCUUUUCGAAGAAGCUCGCAAGAACCAGCCUAGCAUCAUCUUUUUUGAUGAAAUUGACGGUUUGGCCCCCGUAAGAUCAAGUAAACAAGAACAGAUUCAUGCUUCGAUUGUCUCAACACUACUUGCAUUGAUGGACGGCAUGGAUGGUCGUGGUCAAGUGGUUGUCAUCGGUGCUACCAAUCGUCCUGACUCUGUUGAUCCGGCUCUUCGCCGCCCUGGUCGUUUUGAUCGUGAAUUCUAUUUCUCGUUGCCUAAUAUUGAGGCACGUCGUGCUAUUCUUGACAUUCACACAAAAGAAUGGGAUCCUCCUCUUCCAGACAACAUCAAAGAUGAAUUAGCGGAUAUGACAAAGGGUUAUGGCGGUGCUGACUUACGGGCGCUUUGCACCGAGGCUGCAAUCAAUGCCGUACAAAGAAGAUACCCUCAAAUCUACAAAUCAGACCAAAAGCUUGUGAUUGAUCCGAAGACAAUCGAUGUCACCCCCAAAGAUUUCAUGCUGGCAAUCAAGAAGAUGGUGCCCUCCUCAGAGCGGUCUACCUCAUCGGGCGCGACUGCCCUCCCUCUGAACAUUGAGCCCUUACUUCGUCAUCCCUUAUCUGAAAUCAAAUCUUUGCUGUCCGAGAUUCUACCACAACGAAAGAAACUUACGGCUCUCGAGGAGGCUCAAUAUGAGGAGCCCAACGAUGGUGCAGGCUUUACCCGAGAGCUGCUUUUGCAGGAGUUUGAUCGGUCGCGUGUCUUCCGACCCCGACUCCUCCUUCGGGGUCCUCACGGCAUGGGCCAGCAAUACCUUGCGGCUGCACUACUGCAUGUGUUUGAGGGCCUGCAUGUGCAGGCCUUCGACCUGCCCACUUUGCUGAAGGCAGCUGUCAUCCAGCUAUUCACCGAGGUCAAGCGGCAUAAGCCGAGUGUGAUUUACAUUCCCAACAUCCAAUUGUGGUUCCAAACUGUCGGACCUACUGUCAUUUCUACCUUCAUGAGUCUUUUGCGGUCGGUGCCACCUUCUGAUCCAGUCCUUUUGCUUGGUAUCCUUGAAUCACAAGAAGAGGACGUGGAUGAUGGUCUACUCAGGAACAUGUUCGGUUUUUCCAAGAAGAACCAGUAUUAUCUAUCCCCUCCAAAUCAUGAUGCCCGUCGUGAAUUCUUUGGAAAGAUAAUUGAAUUCGUCAAGACUCCCCCGAAAGGAUUCCCGAACCCAGAAAACCGCAAGCUUCGUCAGCUGGAACAGUUAGAAGUCGCGCCACCUCCGCCUCCCAAGCCCGAGGCAGAACUCACCAAGGAGGAGAUCAAGGCUCAGAGGAAAAAGGAUUACAUAUCCUUGAAUCUUCUGAAAACCCGGAUUCAACCCAUCAUGGACCAGGUCAAGAGAUACAAGCGUUUCAGGUCGGGCGUGAUCGAUGAAUCUCAAAUUCGAUACUUGUGGGAGGAAGAAGAUCCCAACAUUGUUACCAGCGAUCUUCCCCCGGAUCAACAAAAUACCUUCCGGCCUUAUGAAAAAGCAUACGACAAACAUGGUGUUUUGGGUCUUCGUGAAACUGCCACUGGGAAAUUCUACUACAACCUGGAGAUUGUAACAAUUGAGAAACGCCUUGCAAACGGAUACUACAAACGCGCCAUCGAUUUUGUGGCGGAUGUCAAGCGAAUGGUUAAAGAUGCUCGUCAGACUGGUGACCCAGAACGCAUCUUGCGGUCGAGUGAACUUUUGACUAAUGUCGAAGUUGAUAUUGCGGGUGUUAUGGUGGCCGAACCAGCUCUCAUGGCAGAAUGUGAGCAGGUCUAUCUGCGUGAGAUGGCUCGCGAAAAGGAGGUGGCCGAGCGUCAGAAGCGUGCCCAGGUGGAGAACACAAUUACUCCUAUUGAGGAGGCUACCCAUGUGUCGCACGGUAACACGGAAUCCAGUCUAUUGACUGGCCCGGUUAAACUGGGCGAGACGUUCCCUGAUAAUGGCGAUGAUAGAAAAGCUGCUUCGCGUCCCGUCACUCCCGCAUCCCAGGUUAAGAGUUUCGCCAAUGGAGAUCAUCAAGGGGAUGGUUCGGAUCUCAACGAGUCUGGUUCCCAUGCCGUCGGCGUGAGCAAUGGUACCCAUGGAGAUGGGGACGGUGACAUUUUUAUGUCCAAUUCCGAUGAUCACUCAGGUAGCAAGGACACUCAGGGAAGCUCAUUCGGGCCGUCUGCACAGCCAAAGCCUCUUUAUUCGCACACUGCCCCUUCUCAGCAAAUUCGUCGAGAAUCCGGGCUUUCUAGCUUCUCUCAGCGAGGCCCCAUGACUCCAAUGGCCCCCGGAUCUCAGCCAGCUGAUUAUACCAAUGAAGCAUCCACGACUCAGACGACUUCUGAUAAAAAAUCCUCCGAACACCUGUCCAAUCAAACCUACCACACUCACAGCCCUCAUGUCUCAAGAACCGAAUACCCCGACCUUACUCCAUACCCCGAUCGUGUGUCGCAGGAAGACCACCUGCCCGACACCCAACAAAACGACAGUAGCCAGCCGUCCCCACAUCCGCGGGACUCAAUGCUCAGCAAUGCAGAUACUCAGGAGAACAGUGGAUUGAAUGGAAGCCAGUCGCAGUCGAAGCCACAACCUCCGCUGUUCGAUGCACCCAACAUGCCAGGAAAUAAUGCUUCUGCUAGCUUGGAAUCGAACCUGAACGAGGAACUUCAUGAGCCCUUCGUCCUCGAUCUUGAGGUUGUUGAGCGCCUGCACACGCAGCUAACCCUGUCAACUAGCGGCUUCUCAGUGGAGCAGCUGGAGCAAAUCAACACUAACCUGAUGGACUUCGUGUGGCACAAGCGUGGAGAAUGGAAUCGUACUCACGUUGCCGAUGGUCUCGGCAAAACAUACAAUGCAGUCCUCGAAGAUAUGCAGGAGAUGCAGGAGAUCGGUCCCAUCAGCCAACAAACCAAGGAUAUUUUGGCCAACCUGAGUUUCCAGUGA